GUUUAUGUUUUGAUUUUUGUGUAAAAUGAUUGCUGUUGAAAUAUGUAUUGCUUACGGAUCCAUGGCUUUAUUUAUUGCUUUACUAAAUAACGUGUUUCUACUCUACUAUGUGGACUUAUUUCUCUCYGUUUAUCGCAUUGAUAAAGCGUCGUUYUGGAUCGGAGAGGUUGUAUUCCUAAUAUGGAAUUCAGUUAACGACCCGUUAUUUGGUUGGUUGAGUGACCACAAAUCAUUGAAUCCAAAAAAUUCUGGAAUCAGUACCUCACAAGUUGCACAAAAAAGAUUCAGGGUCCUUGCCAAGUUUGGCCCAUUAUUUGCCGUUUCCUUCAUGUCAUUCUGGUUCCAGUGGGGGUCCCCUGGUCUACAGUUUGUAYUGUGUUUGUGUUUCUACGAUGGAUUCCUAACAGCUGUUGAUCUUAAUCACUUAGCAUUAUUAGCUGAUCUAGCUUUAUCAGCAGAAGACAGGACUAGAUUGAAUGGCUACUGCUCAGUSUUYAGUGUAUUUGGCUGCAUGUCAGUUUUCCUGUCAUAUUUUGUGUGGGACAAGGAGAAUAUUGCUUCUUUUAGAGUCUUYUGUUUUGGUUUGUCUGUCUUUGCACUAGUUGGUUUCACAGUGAGCUCAAUAUUUUUGAGGAAUCACUUGAAAUGUGAGAAAGUCAAAGUAGACACACCCAUUGAAGAUGUCGGGAAAAGCAUGGCUGUUUCUGUGACACAGCCUUCAGACAUCAUAACUCAAGAGCUUGAAUUAAAAGAAUACAUCAAGCAACUUGUCAAUCAUAAGAACUUCCUGUGGUUUGCUAUCAUGAAUCUUGUACAGGUUUUUCAUUGUCAUUUUAAUAGUAACUUUUUCCCACUUUUCUUGGAGAAACUACUUGGUGACACUAUAACACCAAAGAUGGGAGCCAUGCUUCUUGGAGUGUCGUUUGUUGUCCCRCAUAUCAAUAAUCUAUAUUUCCUGACACUUUGUCGUAAAUAUGGCGUUUAUGAUGUCAUCAAGUGGCUAUUUUACGCCAAGUUAUUGUUAGGCAUCUCUAUGAUGUCAUGUGGUCCGCAGUGGACUGUGUUAGUUUGUAUUUUUAUAGCAAGUAAUCGAGUAUUCACAGAAGGAACAUGCAAGCUACUUAAYCUUGUGAUUAGUGAUUUAGUUGACGAGGAUUUUGUUCUCCAUGGUCGCAAACAAGCUAUCUCAGCUUUAGUAUUUGGAACCUCAGCACUUCUAUCUAAACCAGGACAGACACUAGCACCGUUAAUAGGUACAUGGUUGCUAGCUAAACAGACUGGUACCUCUGUCUUCUAUACAGGCAGUGAUGAAAUGAACUCUAGUUUCCAUGAUAGUUCAUCUAAGGAUCUACGGUGGGGUUGUUUCUGUGUUCUAGURUAUAUACCGAUAGCAUGUGCUGUUAUACAGAUUCUWGCCUGGUCGCGGUUCACUCUCCAUGGUAACAGAUUGGUUUGGAUCAAACACAUGAGAAAGAAUCAGGGCUUCGAAUCUGCGACUGUUUAUUAGGGUUGAUGACAUCAACCGUUAUUUAUAGGAAUAAAAUAGAUAAUAUGCAUGUGAUGACGUCUUUGACAUGCCCGUCAAUACUUUGACGCACGUCACUAUGACGUCUUAAGUAGUGACGUCAAAGUAUUGUUUUGGGGUGAAAGGUAUGGCGUCACUCAGCAUGCCUCUGUCUUCUUGACUAUCAAAUCAUACAUUAUAUUAUUGUAAAGCUUUAGCAAAUGAGAAUAUGGCUAGCCUCACCAUCAAGACGAGGCUGUAAAUAGUCCACUUUUGGAUCACUUGACAUUGUUUAAUGUAGUUUAGCAAUAUUCAAUCAAUUGUUUUAUGAAAGUAUUUUUAUAGGGAUGUAGACUAUGGAUAUAAAUGUUUGGGAAACAAUAAAUCGAUUAGUAUUAAGACAAUGGUAAGACGGUGAAGGCUUUUAGCAAUGACAGGUCACGUGACCCAAAUCUACUUAAUCUAAUUUCCGCGUAUGAGAUUUCUAUCCUUAGAUGCCGAACUAGACGGAACAACUUUUGCCUACAACCAUCGCGUAAAUCAUCCAACAUUGUUUUAAAUCUACUCAACAGUUGUAGCCAUGUUGUAAGGAUGACUUUCGCAGGUCGCAUGCGAUGGUUGUAGGCAAAAGUUACGUCGUCUAAUUUGUCCUUAAUCCAUUUCGGUUUAGUAUCGUACAGGUCGGAAUUAAGCAACUUUGAUAGACCUCUGAAGAUUUUUUACGUCAUGUUCCAUAAACGCAAUGCAUUGUAGGAUGUGCAUGAUUGGGAGACAACAUGGCGGACAAAACAUGGCGGAUUUCUUUAGUUUUCUCUAAAUCCUGGUCCCAAAAUGCAAUGAAAAUCACGUAGUGACGAAAAAGAUUCAGAAGUCUAUCAAAAUGUAACUCCUAACUUUAAAACCACACUGAAUUCACGACAUUAAAUAUUUUUAUUAUUAUGUA